AUGGUCGUUUUCGACAACCACGAGUACCUGACUGCGGAGGAGAAGCGCUUGAAGGAAGACCGUCACCGCACCAAGUACUGGAAGAAGUGGGGUCCCUACGUCGCAGAGCGACAAUGGGCCACAGUGAGAGAGGACUACAGCCCUGAUGGCGACGCCUGGAGUCAUUUCCCCCACGACCACGCCCGUUCGCGGACUUACAGAUGGGGGGAGGAUGGCAUCGCUGGCGUCUGCGAUACACAUGGCUUGCAGAACAUUGCGUUCGCCUUUUGGAACGAACAAGAUCCUUUCCUAAAAGAACGUCUGUUUGGUCUCUCCAAUCCUCAGGGCAAUCAUGGUGAGAGUAUCAAAGAGGCACAUUUCCACCUCGACAACACACCUCAUUCCUACAUGAAAUACCUAUAUAAGUAUCCACAGCGGGCAUUCCCAUACGACGAUCUCCGGGACGAGAAUGCUAGGAGAGGCAAGCAGGAUAAGGAAUACCAGAUCAUUGACACCGGCAUAUUUGAAGAGGAUCGGUACUGGGAUAUCAUUAUCGAGACCGCGAAGGAAGACGAUAACCCUGAUGAACUACUCUUCCGAGUCACUGCUUGGAACAGGGGUCCAGAGCCUGCUCCGAUCCACAUCAUCCCUCACGUCUGGUUCCGAAAUACCUGGGCUUGGGGCCGCGAGCCCGAAGAGGACAAGCCCUCAAUGGGUGUACACGCAGAGAAUGUCCUCAAGUCUAAGCAUCAUUCCCUUGGAGACCGCUACGUCUUGCUGUCGCCUUCUCCCGGUGUCGGCAACAGCGGGGAGGAUGUCCAGCCAGAGCUCAUGUUCACAGAGAACGACACCAAUUUUGAGCUCCUGUACGAUGGCGAGAACGAGCAGCCCUAUGUUAAGGAUGCAUUCCACAGAUAUAUUGUAGAUGGUGAGAAGAAGGCAGUAAACCCCCGGCAGGUCGGUACAAAGGCUGCUGCAUGGUUCCCGUUCAACGAAGGGGGUGGCGUUGCGCCUGGUGAAUGCGCUGUGAUUCGUUUCCGCUUCUCAAAGAGAAAUGAGACAUACCUAGACGAGGAAGAGUUUGAUGAGAUCAUUGAACGGAAGCGGGAAGAGGCAGAUGAUUUCUACUACAGAAUAAGCCCUCUUCCCAUGUCUGACGAUUUGCGCAAUAUCCAGCGUCAAGCCUUUGCAGGCAUGAUGUGGUGCAAGCAACAUUAUCUCUUCAUAUGGGAUCAGUGGGCUAAUGGCGACCCGACCCAACCACCCCCUCCUCCAGGGAGAAAGGCUAUCAGAAAUUCUCAAUGGAAACACAUGCACUGCGAUGAUAUCCUGUCCAUGCCAGACUCAUGGGAGUAUCCCUUCUUCGCUGCUUGGGACACCAGCUUUCAUUGUAUCACCUUGGCAAUGAUUGAUCCGGACUUUGCGAAGAAGCAGUUAGAUCUGUUCACUCGAGAAUGGUAUUGUCAUCCAAAUGGACAACUUCCAGCGUAUGAGUGGAACUUUGGCGACGUGAACCCUCCAGUUCACGCAUGGGCGACAUUCCGUGUCUUCAAAAUUGAGCGCAAGUUGUAUGGCAGGCAAGAUCUUGACUUCUUGGAGAGAGUCUUCCAAAAGCUCCUAUUGAACUUCACAUGGUGGGUCAACCGCAAAGACGUAGAAGGGAAGAACGUCUUUGAAGGUGGCUUCCUCGGCCUCGACAACAUUGGUCUAUUCAACCGAUCUGAGCCGCUUCCUACUGGAGGCAGCCUUGAGCAAGCCGACAGCACUGGAUGGAUGGCCUUUUACUGCCUCAACAUGCUCAAUAUUAGUCUUGAGCUUGCCAAGCAUCGCCGUACAUACGAAGACAUUGCCUCGAAAUUCUUCGAGCAUUUCAUUCUCAUCAGCGAUGCCAUGACUUUCAGAAUGGGCCAGAAAGACGAGGCAUCAUUAUGGAAUGACGAGGAUGGUUUCUACUAUGAUGCCAUUUCAUGGGGUGGCCCCUGGAUUCAACAGCUUCCUGUCCGAUCUCUUGUUGGACUGAUUCCUCUCUACGCGACAUUGACGCUAGAGCCGGAACUCAUCAAUAAGCUACCAUCGUUCAAGAAGCGUGUCGAGUGGUUCAUGAAGAACCGAUGCGACGUUGCGGAGCGCAACAUGGCCAGCAUCCGCCGACGCGGUAAAGGCGAUCGUAUCCUCCUUUCAAUUGUCAGCAAAGACCGUCUCGUUCGGUUGUUGGAGCGCAUGCUUGACGAGGACGAGUUCUUGAGCCCUCAUGGCAUCCGCUCGCUGUCCAAGUAUCACAAGGAGCAUCCCUAUUCAAUGAACGUCAACGGCCAGGAGUUUCAGGUUGGCUAUGUCCCUGGUGACUCGGACAGCGGCCUGUUUGGAGGCAACAGUAAUUGGCGUGGUCCGAUUUGGCUCUGUGUGAACUUCCUCCUGAUUGAAUCCUUACAGCGAUUCUAUCUAUUCUUCGGUCAAGGUCUUCAGGUAGAGUGUCCCGUCGGCUCGGGAGACUACAUGCACUUGGGCCAUGUGUCUGAGGAGCUUCAGCACAGACUGCAACAUCUCUUCGCUCGAGGCGAUGAUGGUCGCCGUAGUAUAAACGGGGGCAGUGACUUGCUGGACUUUGACCCCUUGUGGAAGGACAAUCUGUGGUUCUACGAAUUUUUCGACGGUGACAGUGGUCGCGGCCUCGGUGCAACUCACCAGUGUGGAUGGACAGGCUUGAUCGCUCGAUUGAUUCAUGACACUGGAGUCAGCUGUCGCUUGCCGCAGACGCCGCGCACACCAUCUGUGGGCAUGGCCCAUUACUUUGAUGACGUUCUCAGCCGCCCCCAGGCACGGUCGCCUUCCAUGCCUCGUAUCCGCCGCUCUUCAACAGCUCGCUCCAUAGGUGCGCGUAGCGACUGGGGAAGCGAGCCUAACGGGUACGAAGAGGACGGGCACUCCGUCACAGGAUCUGUCAAUGGAGACGAUCCGGAACGUCAACGUGAGAAGGCUGAGGCAGACGCUCAUAUGCACAACUACAUCGCUGAGCAACUUCAGCGUGUGAAGAGCGAACAAGUCGCUGAUGCCUAUGAGAAAGGCGAUGAGUUCGAAGCUACACCAUAG